CAAACCGCGCUUUCUUUUAAAUCCCUAUCAACGUGUAGGGAAAUUUCUGUUCAUUUAUUGUGUUAAAAUAUAAUAUUGUGAGUAUUAAAAAUGGACGAUCUUAAACAAAUCGUUAGUAAACAAAAUUUUCUGGCUACGGCCUGUGCUUUGAGCAAAGCUUUACAAACAAUAGCAGAGGAAGCAAAACAAAAAUUCGAUGGGAAAACUACUUUCAGCCCUGUGACUAAACAAAUAAAUCUGCUGAAGAAUCUUUGCAAAUCUGAAAAUCCACACACAUCGCAACUUGCAGUUCAAGCUUUGGUUCAGCUUGUCGAAAAUGGUACAGCGGAUCUGGGUCAGGCCUUAGGAAUUUUGGUAACCGCAUUGGCUCAUUCGACGGCAGUUCAGUUCAUAGCGUUGGCUAACGGAAUGUUUGAUCUGUUGUUGCUGGAUUUAAGACGUCGAUGUAUAGCUCUGGGCACUGAAAAGUAUGUCUGCCAGUUCGAUAUCAAACAUCCCCAACAUCCGCUGAUACUACUGCUUUUGGAAAAGAAGGACAUUGUACAUGUUUUAUUUUUCGCCGGGAAACUGCAUUCCGUUUGUAAUCAUCACGACCAAAUAAUACGCGACAACAGCAUCGAAUUUCUGCGACCAGUGAUUUUAUUUCAGUUUAACAACGUCAACGUACCUACGGAAACGCAUAAAAUCUGGUCCACUCUGGUUAAAACAGCUCAAAAUAAUUCUAAAGCCGAAAAUCUCAUCUACGAAGUUUUGAGUUGGAGCAAAUCUACAUCCUUAGAGCAGUGUCUUUAUACAAACAGUUUACUGCUCGAAACUCUGGAUUCUCUUCCUGUGGACAAUCGAUUUGCAGGACUACGAGGCGACUGUUGUCUAUACUUGGCGGCCAUCACUAAAGAUCUUAUCAACUACAAUAUAGAUCCACAGGAAAAUUUCUUGAAAAUAUUAUCCAGUUUGCAUGCCCUGGAAAAUUUCUAUGAAUUCGACGACGCCGUUCUUCUCAUGCUGAUGGCCGAUAUACUAGAAAUUCUUUCUCCAGUUUACAUCCGGGAAGCCAUGAGAAUCAUACGUUUGCUGCUCAAAUCAGCCCCACACCGACUUAGCCUUGCAAUGAUUUCUGAUGCAGUAAUACAGCUCUUGGCUCAGCAAACAUUUGUCAAAAGUUAUCUGGAAGAUUGUGAUUUUAUUUUGAGACACAUUGCUGAAAUCAACGACGAGAAUUUUGCGGCUCAGAAUAAACCGGUUAGAUCAAUUGUUUAUUUUCAUAAUGACUUGUCAAAAUAUAAACAUCUUAGCUUAGGAUGGAUCGCCAUUGAGCAAGGAAUCAAUUCGAUUGAUACUUUUCUAAAUCACAUCGAAUUGAACCUGAGAUUUGCCGAUAAAAUUCCUCUAGUCUUAAGAGCAAUGCUUCAUUUGAAAAUUUUAAACUUUACCGAUUGGAAGCGAGUGUUUGAGCAACUGAUACGACUGGCCAAAUGCAACGAAGAUGCCUCAGCUCGUAUUAUCUCUCCCAUACUUUAUUUUCUGGCCAACGAGACUAACAUGCAUAAAAAGUUGCUUAUAUUACAAAACCUUGCAUCACUGGGAGCCAAAGACCACGUCCUGGGGGUACUUAAUGCUCUGGCUAAGGACAUCGACCGGGCAACGUGUUUUGAUCUUUUUCUUCGUCUUUGGAAAGCGGAACCCCGCACCUAUCCGUUUCUGUAUGACCUGCUAAAGGAUACGAAAGCAAGAUCACAAGACGAUCCGUGGGAAACAACUCUGGCCAGGACUUACACCAUCCGGGAAGUUUGUCUUAUCAAACCUCAACAACAUGGUGCGGAUUUGGUGAAUCUGUUUUCGGAGAUUCUGAGCAACGCAGAAGAUGCCAACAAUGAGGCAGCUAUAGCUUUGGCACUCGAUUCAAUAGCGAGUUUGUGUGAGAAUCACGUAGUAAAUAUUGUUUCUACAUGGAAGGUUUUGGGCUUCAAGUUCACUGAUGAGAAACGCCCCAGGAUCAUCAGAGGUUUGUGCCGCUUUUUUGCAAACGUUCCAACUAUCAAGGUCACGUCACUAGAACAGGAGAAGUUGGUCAAUGAGAUUAUCCUUAAACUGUGGCAGUUUGUAACGGAUUUUGACGAUGGUGAAGUGAUAAUUGCUGCCUUAGAAGCACUGAAAGCGUUUCCCCCGGAAAUGAUGACAAUCUUCCAGAUACCGAGUAUUUUCAGAGGAGACAUAAAGCUACCUGAUCCAGAAGAUGAGUCGCUAGAAGCAAAGCAAAUCCCAGGAGAAUGUUGGGUCUUCUUGAUAAAGUACGUACAUUAUUCUGCUCUAGAAGCGGCUGGGAAUUUAGUCAUUCAUCACAUUGCCAACGAAAUGCAAACAUAUCGUGGAGGAGUAUUUCUGACACCUGAAGGAAGACCCGAACCUUCAUCCCUGAAAUAUCUACCAAAGAAAAGUAUCCUCUCGUCAAUUGUUAACUUUCUUAUCUCCGAGAGUAAAAAGCUUAACAGAUGUGAAGGUAAUGAACAAUUUUUGAAAAAUCUGUUAAAUAUCAUUGCCCACCGAUAUCCCAAACCGAUCCCUCCGUUGGAUUGGUGUUUUCUGCUAGAUUACAUUCAUGUUUGUUUUGAAAUGAGAAGACCUUGUUUGCAAAUAUCCAUUAAACAGAUGCCUGUUUCGGGUUCUGCCAAACGUUUGGUGGAAAACUAUAUGGUGGUUCUAAUAGACGGCGUUAUGGAGGCAGAAGAUGUGCUGGUUUUCUACGAAAAUUUGGAUAUCGUAACGGAAUCUGCCAGCAAUGAUUUAUACAAACGAUUCAUUCAUUUGUCUUUGAAAUAUUUGAUCGAACUUGCGGAAGACGGAGAUCAGAGUUUCGCUCUUGUUACCAAGUAUCUGAAAGCAGCGAUCGUCAAAAGCUACGAAAAUGGAGAAAAUGUGGAAUAUUUAUACGAAACUAUCGAUAACAUGUUUAGUCGAUUUGAUUUAAACAGUGAGUGCUUCUAUCAAUACCUUGAAGUGUUCAGCUCACUACCAGAAAAAUACCAACAAUCAAUGCUCAAACCAAGUGAAUGGAUCGACAAGAAAAAUUUGCAUAAGUUAAAGAAAACUAUUCGCUAUUCCUUCUUUGAGCCCAAAGAUGGCAAUUCUCAAAGAGCAUCAACUUUCGCGGGUCUGGGAGAUAUCUUGAAAACCAUUUGCCACCUCGGAGAGGAACCGGAAGCAAAAGCCACGCAGAGAUAUUUCUUUCAGACUUUUAUGAACUUCAUUCCAUCAUUGCACAAAAAAUCUUUCCUCAGUAGCGAUUGGUUGCUCGAACUUAUGUACUGCAUUCAAUCGACAUUGUCAGAACAAGAAUGCAGGAAAAAAUCGGAGAUCUUGUUUGCUGUAGACGUGUUCAUGUUGGCCGUUAUCAGCUUUUCUGGGUGGUGUUGUUUUGUGUCACCGGAUGCUGUAAUUGACCACGUGGAUAAACGAUUAUUUGUAUUUCCCACUGCCUUAGCAUCAAUUUUCCAACAGAACUUGUGGCGAGACGUUGAAAAUAAGAUUUAUGAAUUUUUGUACCAUCUGUACAACCAUUCUCAGAUUCCGUUGCAGUACGCUGAAUGUUUCCGUUACGCUUUAAUUAGUUGCAAGGAGCAAUCUUACUUUCAACAACCGAAGGUUUGGUCCAAAUUUGUUUCUAUGCGAAAAGUUUAAUUGUUGUAAUUGUUGCAAAUAAAUUUUAAUUUUUUCAGUGACUUCUAGAAAAGUCGGGUCUGCGUCUGGCGUGCGGAGUGUCAAUUUUGGUGGUAGGAAAUAAAGAUUGUG